UUUUUAAUGGGGGACAGAUCUUCAAUCUCCUACAAAGCUUCAAGCCAAAGAUCAGUUAGCUGCGCUGCUCGUCGCUUUUCCAAAGAUUUCCUUUUUGUACAACAAAAAUAUUUAUUAACAUGUCCGUUAAAGAGCCUCGAAAAUCCUCUAGACAAGAAGUUGCUACUUAUUCUGAUUCUGAUGAAUAUUCACGUAAAGAAUCAAGAUCUAAAAAAUCUCAUAAAAGAAAACACAGACAAACUGAAGAAAAUGAAGAUUCAUAUAAAAUGAAAAGCAAGAAGAAAUAUGAACAUGACUCUCCUCAGUUUCAAUCGGAUUCUGAGGAACAUUAUAGAAAAAAGCCUUCAAAAUCGAAGAAGAAAGAUCGUAGAGAAAAUUAUGAAAGUGAAGAUUUCACAACUAGGAAAAGAGACAUUUCAGAAGAAAAGCAACGUUAUAAGAGAGAUUCAUCCCAGGAUAGAUAUUCAAAUCAUAAAUCUAAACAAAAAAGAGAUGAUUCCAAAAGAUUUUCUGAAAAAGAAAGUUGGAGUAAAUCGAAGCAACGAGAUGAUUCUGCCGAAAAUCAGUAUGAAAAAUCUCGUGAUGAAUUCACUAAUAGAAAAAGCAACAAAAUGUUUUCAGCUGAAUCUUCACCUCACUAUAAAACAAAGAGUCGCCAUAAGCGCCAGUCAUCAAUAGAAAGAGACAAUGAAAAUUUUAAGGAAGGAAAUAAUAACUAUUCACCUGGUACAUAUGAUAAAAACAUCCGAGAUAAUCAAAGGAACUAUCCUCAGAGAAAUUCAGGGAGAACAGAAUUUGGACAAUUUAGAAGAAGAGAGGAAUCAAGGUCAGAAAAAGAGUUGCCAGAUCGUCAGGAGGAGAGAAGGAAAGAGAGGACAGAUCCUGAAGAAGAAAAACAAAAGGACAGCGCAGAGCAGAAUGAAAGUACUGAACCUCUAUCAAAAAGGCAAAAAAUUGUAAAUAUUAACAUGAGAACUGGUGGAGCUUACAUUCCUCCUGCAAGACUUAGAAUGAUGCAAGAUCAGAUUAAAGAUAAAGGAAGUGAAGAUUAUCAGAGAAUUGCCUGGGAAGCACUAAAGAAAAGUAUUAUCGGUAUGACCAAUAAAGUGAAUAGCUCAAAUAUUGCAGAAAUCAUUCCUGAACUUUUCCGUGAAAACAUUAUAAGAGGAAGAGGUGUGUUAGCACGUGCUAUAAUGCAAGCUCAAGCCGCUUCUCCUACAUUUACUCGAGUUUAUGCUGCAUUAGUGGCUAUUAUUAAUACGAAAUUUCCGGAAAUUGGGGAAUUGAUUUUGCGAAGAUUAAUUGUCCAGUACAAAAGAGGUUUUAGAAGGAAUGAUAAAGCAGUGUGCAUGACUGCUGUUCGUUUCUUGGCCCAUUUGUUAAAUCAAGAAGUGGCACAUGAAAUCCUUAUUUUAGAAAUAGUAACCCAUCUUCUUGAAAAUCCUUCUGAAGAUUCUGUUGAAGUUUCAAUUGCCUGUUUGAAAGAGUGUGGGAAAAAAUUAACUCAACUCACACCCCGUGGCAUGAGAGCUAUUAUACAAAGAGUACGUGACGUUCUGCAUGAAGGGGCUAUGGAUGUUAGAGUACAGUAUAUGAUUGAAGUUUUCUUUGCCAUUCAGAAAGAUGGUUUCAAGGAUUUUGAAAUCAUGCCACCAGAACUGGAUUUAGUUGAAGAAGAUGAUAAAUAUACUCAUUUAAUUAACUUAGACGAUGCUGUUGAUGCACAAGAAAUGUUAAAUAUAUUCAAAUUUGAUCCAGAUUAUAUUGAAAAUGAAGAAAAGUAUAAAUCUGUUGUGAAAGAAAUUCUUGGUGAUGAAAGUGAAGAAGAUGGAUCUGGCAAUGAUUCUGGUAGCGAUGAUGAAGAAGAGGAUGAUGAAGAGAAAAAUGAUGAAAGUCAACAGAUUAUCGACAUGACUGAAACUAACUUAGUCUGCUUGAGAAGGAAAAUUUAUUUAACUGUUCAGUCCAGUUUAGAUUUUGAAGAAUGUGCCCACAAACUUUUAAAACUGGAAUUAAAGCCAGGUCAAAUAUUGGAAAUGUGUUACAUGAUUCUAGAUUGCUGUGCACAGCAGCGAACAUACGAGAAAUUUUAUGGAUUACUAGCACAAAGAUUUUGCCAGCUAAGUAAAGUUUAUGUGGAGCCAUUUACUGAAAUUUUUGAAAAUUCAUACAAAACCAUUCAUCGACUAGAAACAAAUAAACUGAGAAAUGUUGCCAAGUUUUUUGCACAUUUGCUGUACACAGAUGCAAUAUCAUGGAUGGUAUUAAAGAUUAUUAAAUUGAAUGAGGAAGAUACUACCUCAUCUAGUAGAAUUUUUAUUAAAAUUCUCUUCCAAGAACUUUGCGAAUAUAUGGGAUUGCCAAAGCUAAAUGAACGAGUGAAAGAUGCAACACUUCAAGAAGCUUUUGAUGGACUCUUUCCUCGAGAUCACCCUCAUAAUACAAGAUUUGCUAUUAACUUCUUUACUUCCAUUGGAUUGGGAGGUCUAACUGAUGAACUUCGUGAACACCUUAAAAAUUUACCUAAAAAUCCUGUUCUGCCUCCCCAAAAUGAUAAUGAAUCAUCUGUAGAAGAAAAUUCAUCGUCUUCAUCCUCAUCAUCUUCCAGUAGCUCGUCAUCUUCUUCAUCCGAAUCAGAGUCUGAACAAGAAACUUGGAGAAAACAAACUCAGAAAAGACGGAAAAAAUGACAACUCGGUAAUAACAUUGUAUCAUUUUGAUUUGUACAUAAUAAAUUUAUUUUAAAUAA